AUGAUAAGCAAACCUGCAAAUUCUCAAGAUGUUCAUGAACUUGUCCUUUCAAAAGAAGAUUUUGAACAGAAAGAAAAAAACAAAGAACCUGUAUACAGAACCUAUAUAAGAAAUAGAAAGCCAUCUGAUUCUUCCCACAUUGUUAAUGUUGAUGAGCGAUUUCUGCACAAACUUAUUUUGGAAGAGAAAGAGAAAGACAGUUUUACUGCUGUUGUCAUUACUGGAAUGCAGCCUAAGCAUGUACGAUACCUGAAAAAUAAUUUUCACCAUUGUAUAAGAGAGUUAAAACACAUAUAUCAUUACUAUAUCCAUGGACCAAAUGGAAACAUGACUAAUUUGCAAAUGAAUGAAGAAAUGGUUUCCAAUAAUAUGGUUAUUGAGAUUUCACUAUUUGAAAAGGGGAAGACACCUCAGAUUGUGAAUCUUAGAGAAAUCAAGGAUGAUAUGCAGAGUUUAUAUAUAAAUACAGCAACAGAUAGCUUUGAGUUCAAGGCUCGUGUUGAAGGAGAUGGAAUAGUGGAAGGAAUUAUACGUUACCAUCCUUUCUUAUAUGACAAAGAAACCUAUCCUAUCUCUUCUUCAAGAACAGAGAAUGAAAAUUGAUAAAGAAUUUGCAUUAUGGCUCAACAAUUGCCACCAAACACAUGAUAAACAAAUCAAAUUUACUCAGUUUAAAGAAAUGGCUGCACGUACUGAUCAGGCUUAUAAAGGAAAACAGAAACCUUGGGCUACAUAUGAGGCAAUUGAAUGGGAUGGAAAAAUAUAUAAAGUUGGGCAGCUGGUGAGAUCAAUUGGAAGAGCUCCAGUACUUCAUGGCAGAAUUCAAAAUUUUUAUCUAUAUGGAAAUCAUGAUGGAGAUGACUUUGCUCCUGGUGGAGAUGUUCAAAUAGCUUUG